CUCAGAGUAAACCGAAAGUAAGUUUCCGUUCAUGCGAUUACAAAAUCGUGAAGGUGAAAAAUACAAGAGUAUAUUUUCUUCAAAAUGGCAAAAAACUUGAUAAGUGUGAUCAUAGCUGGUUCAAAGGUGGUUGGACGGGCUUUCGCCAAGGCAUUCCAGCAGGAGUUGGAAAUGAGCAAACAGGCAGCGGCUCGUCACGGCGGAGGGAGGCAGGGGGAGAAGAAGGCUGCGGCAGACCUCUCUAUGAACAUGUCACUACAGGAAGCCAGAGAAAUUCUGAAUAUCGAAGACAUAGCAAACAAAGAAUCUGUUGAGAAAAGUUACAAACAUUUGUUUGAUGUGAACGACAAGUCAAAAGGAGGGUCCUUUUACCUGCAGUCAAAAGUGGUUCGAGCAAAAGAACGGAUAGAAGUUGAGCUGAAAGCAGAAGAUCAAGAAACACUGAAAACUGACACAGACAGCGAAAAUAGAACAGAAAAAACUUAACACUAGAUUUAACAUUAGGACUAUCAAUGUUAAAGAAUUGUGAUAUUGAAAACAGUGCCAGGCUAUUGGUAUUUUGCAGUGUGGUCGGUACAAAUGCUCACCAAAAUGGUUGGGUUAAUUGUACUGAUAUGAAUAGAAAAAUCGUGCAUUUAAAUACCAUAAAUGGCCUGUGUGACAUAUUACGCUGAACAUGUUUGCUCUCAAUGGCACUGGAAGAGUUUAUGGGCACAGAACCAGCUUUCACUCUCUUUUUUCGAAAUAUAUGUACAUCAGAAUUAAUGAAGAAAGCUGUUUUACUCAGAACAGAAGAAAUAAUAUUCUUAUUAAGGGUUUUGGCUGGGUUUUAAAAAGGACAGGGUGCUUGGGGUGAAAAGGGCUUAUUGUAUCAGGCUGUGAGAAAAAACUUACACAUCAUGAAAUUGAUAGAAAAUUAAAAAAAAAUGUUAUAUUGGGUUUCAACUGCCAAAAAUAAUUGUAUUUAUAAUUGUAUAAGAAGUUUCCGUCAAAACAGUCAUCAGCAUUUACUCCUAUGAAAACAGAAGGGUGCCCAUGCUAGUCUCUAUUAGGGUAAAAAGAUGUUACCAAAAAAGGACAGGAUGCAGCACCAUUCCAUGUUUUUGUAAAACCCAAAGAAUUGCUAGAAUUAAUACAGCAUGUGUUUUAUUUAGCCUCUUAUAUGGGCAUUUGGCUAAUUUUAUGUGUCUCUGUAACAAAAACCAAAUAUAAGGCCUUGUGAUGUCAAUUCAUAUGGACUAACAUUUGGCUGCAUGUCUCAUAAUAUGGUAAACAACAUAAUGAACAUGUGGUUGUGUUGUUCCAGUGUGUCUAUUGGUAAUGGUAAUAAGACAAUUUAAAAGUAUGUGAAUUUUAGUCAGAGAUAAUAAUUUAUCCUUAGAAAUGUCAAGCAUUUUCUUUCAUGUUUUUAUAUUUCCUUUGCUAGUUCGUUUUUCCUAGUAUGGCAAGCACAAUUUAAGAAUGAAGGAUUGUUAAGAUUAUGGUUUGAUGUUUUAAAAAUAUACAUGUUAAGAUGUAUGGUCACACCCACUUUGUUUUAUUGAUAUAUUAUAAUAUAUGAAAAUGAUUUCUC